AUGAUUUCCUCAAGCUUCCUUCUCCCGUUGCUUGCUUGUGGCGUCUUCGCCCUCCAACUGGCACAACCCGUGCCGCAAUUCUUCGAUCCUCGCGGAGUAACAUCGGGGGGUUGGUCUCUACAAGCAACAUCCUGCCCAGUAGAUAAUCAGCUCUGUUCUGGGAGUUAUUGUUGCCCAGCUUCUAUGGACUGUGUCCAUGUUUCGCCGCAGAACCAUUGCUGCCCCAAAGGGACUACCUGCCAGGCUAUCUUCGUUGCGAGUCCACAAUGUGCGGAUGAUGGUUGGUCGCUGUGGAAUAAAACCACUGUACCCAAGGGGCAAGGGUAUUUCUGUUGUCUUCCGGGACAAAUUGGUACCAAUAGCAAUAAUUGUGUCGCUGGAGGCACUCCAGUCGUUGCCACGCUUUCGGCAGAAUUGCUCUCCUCAGCUACGGGCGGCGUAGAUUCUUCUUCGACGCCGACAGCUUCUCCAUCGAACAGCAAAUCACCUGCCACGCCCAAAGCGAGCACCACGAGAACCGGAACUAGCGAGACUUCACCAACAUCUGCAACAUCGGCUGAGACUUCGAAAUCGGCUGCAGAUAAGUUGUAUACUUUGGAGCAGGUUGGUUAUAUUGGAGGAUUUGCGUUCUUGGUUCAGAUGAUGCUGUGA